UCUUUAAACCUUUUUUAACCCACUGUUGGAGAAAUCUUUGUUAAACUUUAAAGCUCGUAUUACAUGUUAGAAAAUAAUAGUACAGCGCAUGGUUUAAAGAUCAUUGCGUUGUAUGCUCGAUGUUGUAUAGUCUACGCCUUCCACGUUAUAUUUAGUAUCCAAAAUGUAUUUAAUCAACAAUACAUGAUCCUUUUUCAGACCUCCCGUUAUGACGAUCAUGCUUUCAUUCAUAUUAGUUAAAUGCAUUGACAUUUGUUUUAUCUGCUUAAAGAGGCAGAAACAUAACGUUUUUCCUUCAAGGUGAAGUAUUUUUCUAUUGUUUUCGUUACUUUCUGUUCAUAUAUGAUAUCAUUUUUUAUUCUAUUCAAUGCACAAUAUAUGUUGCUCAAAUAAAUAACAAUGAGUAAAACAAAGGGACGUUUAUAUUUAUGUCACCCAGGCAAUGUGCGUAAAAGGUGUUUUAUCCCCAUAAAGCAGCAGCAAGUCCGAGAGUACUAUAUACUCUUCAAUUAUUUAAAUAUCAGACCAUUAUAUUUAGGUCAAAUAGAAAGGGAAACAUAAUUUUACCCCAAACUCUUUCUUUUGUAACACAAUCUUGAAUUGUUUUUAGUUAAUCUCAUUUCUGUUUUGCUCCUUUAGACUGCUGAUGACUGCUGACACGUUUUAUUGUUAUUCACCCGGUGAAUAUGGGCUGUUGUGUAUUAAUCUGCCAAUAAGACCGUAAACUACACCGAUAUUUUCUCUAAGUGUUUGAUUCUAUGUCUACGGAGGUAACACUGAGAACGAGAUUUAUUUUUUAUUGUCUCAUGUGAUUUCUUCUUCUGAACUCAAUGGGCCGCUGUCGACCAGCCUCCUGGCGUUUACAUUAAUAUGUAUUUAAGACAUCCCCUGUACUGUGGCAAGCGGAGUACUCCGAAGCAUUACGCACAGUUGUUCGUGGGUGAAACACGGAAUAUCAAGCUGGAACAAUUUUGUCGUUAAUCUUCGAUCAAACAGCAAUUCUAUUUGCACCGUUAACGCUCGUUUCAGGGAGGGGAAUUUGUUAUAUUUGGUUCGACGGGUGAGUCUGACAGAACAAUGAGACGGCAAGUACUGUUGUUUUUCUCGGUCCUGUGUCUCAGCUCAGCGCUCGGCCAGGUCAGCUUCUCAAUUCCAGAGGAGAUGGCAAAGGGGUCUUUGGUCGGUAACAUAGCUCACGAUUUAGGCUUGGAUGUUAAACGAUUACAAGCCGGUAAAGCUCGCAUCCACACAGGAGACAGUGCGGAAUACAUCCAGCUUAACAAGGAAAAAGGACUCCUCAUUAUCAAAGAGAGAAUAGAUCGCGAAGCUCUCUGCGGUCAGACGACGCCUUGCGCUCUGCAUUUUCAAAUUGCCUUGGAAAACCCAAUAGAAAUAUUCCCGAUAACUGUCGAAAUUACAGAUAUUAAUGACAAUGCUCCCGUAUUCGAAAAGACAGAGAGGAGGUUUGAAAUAAGCGAGUCUGCUGUUGUAGGCUCUAAGUUCAUGCUAGAAAAAGCAAUCGACGCCGACAUAGGACUGAAUGGUCUACAGAGGUACACACUGAAGCCCGAUGAUCAUUUUGUGCUUAAAUUGCAUAGUCAGUCUGAUGGUGGUAAAAAGGUAGAAAUGAUUUUAAAGAAACCUUUGGAUAGGGAAAAGCAGGAAAUGGCAUCAUUAUUGUUAACGGCUAUUGAUGGAGGAGAACCGCAAAGGUCUGGAACAAUGCAGAUUCAUAUUACUGUAUUAGAUAUAAAUGAUAACGCUCCGGUUUUUACGAAAAACAUUUACAAAGCAAGUGUAAAAGAGAACUCCCCUACGGGAACACUCAUUACAAAGGUAAGUGCCUCCGAUGUAGACAAAGGCUCGAAUGGAGAAGUUAUCUACGUAAUUGGAAGUAGUAUGAGGAGCAUUUCAAAAUUGUUCCAAGUUACUGACGAUGGUCUUCUGAUAUUGAAUGGGCCAAUUGAUUAUGAAAAAGCCAAAAAGUAUGAGAUUGAUAUAGAGGCUGUUGACAGUGGUGGUUUAUCGGAUUCAAGUAAAAUAGUAAUUGAUGUAGGUGAUAUAAAUGAUAAUAGUCCUGUUAUCAAUAUGAUUUCAUUCUCAAAUUUGAUAGGAGAGGAUCUGCUUCCCAACACAGUGGUAGCUGCAAUGACUGUAAAUGAUCCUGAUUCUGAAGAAAACGGAAAGGUCCGGUGUGUAAUUGAUAAAAAUGUCCCAUUUUUAAUCACACCUACAUCAACUAACUUCUAUAGCAUCGUUACAGACGGUAUAUUAGACAGAGAGAUCGCUUCUAAGCAUAAUAUAACGGUGACCUGCUCUGAUGAAGGAGUCCCCUCGCUCUCGAGUAGCGUCACUCUCACCUUACAGAUCUCUGAUGUUAAUGAUAACGCACCUGUCUUUGAGAGGAGCUCAUAUGAGGCCUAUAUUGUAGAAAACAACACACCAGGACUCUCUAUGUUCACAGUAAAAGCCAGAGACGCUGACUGGAACCAGAACGCGCGUGUUUCGUACAUACUGGAGGACUCCUCUGUUAACGGAGUGCCAGUCUCCUCGUAUGUGUCCGUUAGUGCUGAUAGUGGAGUCAUCCACACAGUGCGCUCUUUUGACUACGAGCAGAUCAAAGAUUUCCACUUCCGCGUCAAAGCGCAAGACGGAGGCUCCCCUCCACUCAGUAGCAACGUGACUGUGAAAGUGCUGAUCCAGGACCAGAACGACAACCCUCCUCAGGUUCUGUACCCGGUCCAGACUGGAGGCUCUCUGGUGGCUGAGAUGGUUCCUCGUUCAGCAGAUGUGGGCUAUCUGGUCACUAAAGUGGUGGCUGUUGAUGUGGACUCUGGACAGAAUGCCUGGCUCUCCUACAAACUGCAGAAAGCCACAGACAGGGCGCUGUUUGAAGUGGGCUUACAGAAUGGAGAAAUAAGAACUAUCCGCGGAGUCACUGAUAAAGAUGCAGUGAAACAAAGACUGACUGUGAUCGUGGAGGACAACGGGCAGCCCUCUCGUUCAGCUACAGUCAUUGUUAACGUGGCGGUGGCGGACAGCUUCCCGGAAGUGCUGUCUGAGUUCACUGACUAUACACAAGACAAGGAGUACAAUGACAACCUGACAUUCUACUUAGUGUUGGCUUUGGCUGUAGUUUCCUUCCUCUUCAUCACGUGUUUAGUGGUUAUUAUAUCAGUGAAGAUCUACAGAUGGAGGCAGUCUCGCGUCCUGUAUCACUCCAAUCUCCCUGUGAUUCCGUAUUAUCCACCACGUUACUCAGACACUUUGGGGACAGGGACUCUCCAACACGUGUACAACUACGAGGUGUGCAGGACGAAUGACUCCAGAAAGAGUGACUGUAAGUUCGGCACAGUCGGUAGUCAGAACGUGCUGAUAAUGGACCCCAGUUCUACAGGAACGAUGCAGCGGAUACAAAGUGAGAAGAACAUCCUGGAUGAACCAGACUCUCCUCUAGAGGUUAGAACGGUGAUUCAUCACUUUCGUACUCCUUAACAUUUUGUCAAUGUUUUAUUCUAUUUGCAUUUCGUUUAACAUAAUUGUCGUUUGUUCAUUAGCACCAUAGAGAACAACAUGUUUUUUUUAAAGCUUCAGGUGUUCUUUUGUUAUAGAAGUGGGCAACCUUUGUAUAUGUUAAAGAAAUUUGAAAUACUUUACCAUAUUUUUAGAUUUCAUUUUAAGUGGACUUCAUUUCAUUUUGGUGGAACAAUAAAAGCAA